AUGUGUGGCAGAUAUGCAUUGGAUGUCAAUGCUGAUGAACUCUUAGCUCAAUUUGAUGCUUAUAAUAUUAAAGUGAGUGAGCCUUCUGCAAGGUUUACCCCAUCUUAUAAUGUGGGUCCGACCCACAAAGCACCUGUGUACCACUCAAAUUCUCUAUGCAUGAUGAUUUGGGGGCUGAUACCCUAUUGGACCAAGGAUUUAAGCAAAGCACAACCUUAUAAAACGUUUAAUGCACGUUUGGAGUCAUUGUUAACAAGUAAAAUGUGGAAAUUACCCUGUGAAUAUCGUCGAUGUGUGGUUCCCAUCAGCGGUUACUACGAGUGGAAGAGGUUGCCCAGUGGAAAGAAGGUACCAUACUUAGUAAGGCGAAUCGAUGGCAACGUUAUGUUGUUGGCUGGAAUGUACGACGAAGUUAAGAAAGAGGACGGUUCCAACGUUUUAAGUUACACAAUUGUGACAGGACCUGCCCCUGAUGGCUUGAACUGGCUGCAUGAACGAAUGCCUGUAGUUCUGAAACCAAAUACGAAAGAAUGGGAACUAUGGAUGAACGAUGAAAAACAUACCUGGAAUGCGGAUGAGCUGUAUAAGGUUCUUGAGACAACGUUUGAUUCAAAAGAAGUAUACAGUUAUAGAGUGAGCACAGAUGUGGGUAAGAUUACAAACAACGAGAAGUAUCUCGUAGAGCCUUUAAAAGAAGGAAUUGCAAGUUUCUUCAAAGGUCAAAAACGAGAGAAGGAGAAGAUCAUUGAUGUGCCUCAAUCAACGGUGGCUUUAAAACGGGAGGAGGAAACAAUAAUCAAAAAGGAAAAUGAGAUUACUCCCUCUGUUCAAGGAUCGACUCCAAUGAAAAGAGAUGUUGUCAGUUUGUUGAUGUCCAGCCCUAAAAGAAAAAACCAAGGCCAUGACAAUAUGCGUUAA